CUUCUGCCUUUACCGUAAUGUCGUACCUCCGCCAAACGCUCUCUGCCACAUGCCGGCUCAACACCAGAAACGCUGUCUUCAGACCACGCCCACAGGCGCGCUUCAACUCAACUGUCAAUGUCAACACCAGCAGUGCUAGCAGGAGAGCACAGCGGGCGUACGCGACGGUGAGCGAGACGCGCUCGCGCCACCCCCCUCGACCCGCUCUGGAGGAGCACGAUGUGGAGACGUUCUCUGCGCCGUCCAAGCCGCGGAUGUACUAUGCGCGCCCGCCGCCCUCCAAGAUGGAGCUGCCGAGGCUUAAGAACCGCUGGCCCGUCGCGCUCGCACUCAGCGUCGUCGGCGUCUCUGCGUGGGCCGCCUUCUUCUACAUCGCCGCGAACCAGGAGAGGGUCGCAUCCUCGAUCACACAGCAGCUGCUCGCGACUGUGCGGGACUCGCCCGAGGUGGGCGCGUUGCUUGGGGAUGUGGUCAGACCAGAGCCGGUGUGGUGGCUGAAUGGGGCACCGUGGGUCAGUGGGGCGAUCAAUUUGCCUGCGGGGAAUGUGGACUUGAGUUUUCGGAUAAAGGGGCAUAAGGGUGCCGGGACGGUCUACUUCACGAGCAUACGAAAAGCAAAAGGAGAGGCGUUCCAACCGUUGCGCUUCAGGUUGAUCACGGAUGACGGUCACACGGUGGAUAUUCUGCCCCGAGCAUCGUUGAUAUAAGCCAAGCUGUCGGCAAGGCGUGCUACAUGAAGCGGUUUGCAUAUAUCUGAGAACAUAAUGCAUGGACCCUUAAUUUCAUUUCCUCCACUUUUGCAUGAUCGCUCGCUCCCUUCGCGUCCAAGCAUUUGUAGUCGACGUGCAACGUACGGCGUUUGGCGUCGACUUGCGGCUUUCUUCCCGCCAGACGUUAUGAAGCGCACCAGUCUCCCAGUGAGCCCUUGGACUUGGACUACGCUCACCACUUAGUCUGUUGCUAUCAUAUCGUAGACCAGGGUUCCCUUGAAUGGGCGCAGUAGACGAGGCUUCUUGGGGUAUAUGUGGCAGGAUCUG